AUGAAUGAAACAUUGACAAAUCAAAUAAAUGAAGCAAUACAAAAUCAAAUGGAUAAAGCAUUAGAAGAUCCACUAGAUAAAAUUAAUAACGCAAGAGACGUUAAAUUCGCAGUAGGCAUGCCACCAGUUUUACAUAAAACUAGUUCCAUGAAAUAUGAUAAUUACACUGCGAUAUCUGAAAAGUCUUUAGUACCUGAUAAAAUGCGAGGACGAG